AUGAUUAAGCAUGUUAUGAUGGUUUACAAUGUUACACAGGUUAGUAACCGGAGGUCUCGCAGAUGGUUGAAUGAUCGCUUGCUGAUUGAGCUCGUCCCUCGUCUUCAUGUUGAAGAAAUCAAAGGCCUCUUUGCCCCUCCGCCAUUUGGUGAGGAAGCACCACUGUCAGCAUUUUGCAGGACAAGUGUUGGUGAGUGGGAUGCCUUCAGGAGCAUUGACAUGGACGUUGAGGCAAGAUUUAUGCAACGGAUGAAACAAUCCUCAGCUAAGCAGAAGAAUCUUGUGAAUGAAGAUGAGUCAAUUGUGCUGAAUGCUUGGCGCCGUAUAGAUUGCCAAACAAGAGAAGCUAUGAAGAGAAACUUCCUACCUGAACUGCUUGAAAUAUAUGAGGAACGGAUCAGGGCCUUCAUUGAAGACACUACUGAUAAAGAUGUGCUUGUGUUGAAUGUCCAGGACCCAUUUCAGAGGUUGCUAUUACAUGGUGUGUGCGAGUUCUAUAACGUAACGUCUACGACAACGGGUACUGUGCAAGAUGGAAAGCCGUGGAAGACGACAACAAUCAAGAAGCGUUCGGGGACGGGUAUUGCCCCCAUGAUCACAUUGGUUAGUUUCCUGAGAACAAAGAAGAAUGGGUCACACGUUGCCUCGUGAGGACUGGAAGCCCCAUAUUCUGGCCAUGAGCCCAUGAUCAUGCUCCUGGGAGAAGCCAAAGUUGUUUCUUUAGGUUUUGCUUAGGAUGUACACAGAUGUAAAUUAAUUACCAAUUUACUAUGCUUCGUCUAAAGAGGUGACAAGGCAUGCAAGUGAUGAGUCACUUCGCAGCCAAGCAAGUACUGUACCUGUUUCGCGUUAAACCUUACCUUACUGCCAGCUUACUGGUGGUGGUGCCAAACAAUGGUUUUCAACUGACUUCUGAUUUACAUGGUUCAAA